UCCAAACCCUUCCUGCCUUCCCGCUGCUGGCGGGCACGGGGUGCAUGUGACGGACUUGGUGUUUGGGCUUUGUACUGCUUGCCCAAUCUGGUGUGUCGCGGCGACGGGGGGCGGUGAUGCACUCGCGGCGGUGGGAUCCGCAGGCGAGGAGGGCGCAAUCACGGCGGAGGGAGGGGAGGGCGGCGACGACGUAGGUCGUGCCAAGGAGAUGCUAGUGCCUGCCGUCCCCUUCCUUCCCCUUCCUUCUCCUGCUGCCGUGCUGUUGCGUUUCAGCGAGUGCCUGCAAAACGUCUGUGCCAACACCAAGGGCUGCAACCCCACCUACCUCUACUGCUCCAACACCAACGCCCCAGUCACCACCGUCGCCUCUGCGGACCUCUUCUCACCGCAAUACAACAACACGAACGUCACCACAUGCCUGUACACCCCUGGGGAUGACAAGACGACACAGUCGCCCAUCCCGUACGGGGUGUUUGCAAAUGCCAUCCCGCUCACGGCGAGCCGGGACGUGGUCUCCAACUACCUCUACUCCUUCUUCUGGGGGCUGCAGCAAGUGAGCACGCUGUGUGGAAACCUGGUGCCGUCGCGGUGGGACGUUGAGGUGCUAUUCGUUAUCGUCGUAACAAUCAUCGGUCUGCUGCUGCUGGCUCUCCUCAUCGGCAACAUCUCCAACUACCUCCAGUCGCUCAACAGAAGGUCAUUCGAGUAUCAGCUUCAGCGCCACGACAUCGACUCGUGGAUGCAGCGCAGGAACCUUCCCGUUGACCUCCAGAAGCAAGUGCAGGCGCAGCUGCGGCUGCAGUGGGCGGCGACUAGAGGCGUGGACGAGGCAGAGCUGCUGGACAGCUUCUCGGACUCCAUUCAGAUCGACCUCCGCCGCUCGCUGUGCCUCGAGCUGCUACAAUGCUCCAAGCUGUUUUGUGCCAUGGAGCCGCCAGUCCUGGACGCCUUCUGUGCGCGCCUGCAGCAGCAGAUCUACACAGCCGGCUCAAUGAUCAUACGAGAGGGCUACCCCGUGUCGCGCAUCUUCUUUGUCCUCCGCGGCGAGCUCGAGAGCUUCUCAACGUUCGGCGGGCACACGGGGAUGGUGGACACUGUGGUGCUGGGCAAGGGCGACUUCCUGGGCGAGGAGCUUCUGGUGGAAUGUCUCGAGAGGCUGUCGACUGCCAGUGGGAAGGGCUCGGGGCGAUCCCUUACCAUGAGGAGAUCCAUCUCUGCCACGCCAUCGCUCACCAGCUCUGCCAAUCUGUCCCAGCCAUCAGUAGACGUCUUGCCAACAGCGCAGCGUUCGGUGCGCUGCCUGGGGCCCGUCGAAGGGUACUCGUUAGAGGCUGCAGAUGUGGCGUCUGUGUGCAAGCAGUUUGCACGCAUGCUCUGCACCAACACCAUUCAGCGCGCCCUUAACGAAAUAUGCUACAACAGACGAACGCACGCCGCCCGCACGAUCCAGCUGGCGUUCCGGCGGUACUUGAGGCGAAAGCUCGGUCUCUCUGUAGAGGAUGUAUUUAAAGCGGUUCGGAACAGGCGCAUGGCGGCGGUGCUUAACAAAGCACAGGAGAUACGAGCUAAUAGUGCGCUUAAUGGUACUGCUGCUGCUGCCGCUGCUUUGGCCGUUGCUGCUGCUGGGAGUGCGAGUAUGGCCGCGAGUGGGAGGAGCAGUGAUUCGGAGAAGGCAAGGGGGGGGGAGGAGAAAGGGGAGAAGGGAGAAGGGAAGGAAUCAACGGUUCCAUUUUUCCGGCAAUCGGCGGCUUCUGAUUGGCGGAAACUAGCCGCGUCAGCGUCGAUCGCUAUGUUCCUUUUCUCCUCCUCCCCGAUUCCCGCUCUCGCUUACGUGGCGGCGCCUCCGCGCACGCUUUCCCAAGAUGAGAUCGCGACCGUCCGAUUGUUCAAGGAGACGACGCCAUCCGUCGUGAACAUUACGAACCUCGGCGUGGGUCGCGACGCGCUGACGCUCGACGUGCUGGCGGUGCCGCAAGGGUCGGGGAGCGGGUUCAUAUGGGACGAGAUGGGACAUAUCGUGACCAACUACCACGUAAUCGCUAAUGCCGCUGACCUCAGAGUGACCCUCUCAGACUCCUCGGUGCAUGCAGCGGUGGUGGUGGGCUGUGAUGAGGACAAGGACGUGGCAGUUCUGCGAAUCGACGCCCCUCAGGAGUCGCUCCACCCGGUUACCAUCGGAUCGUCGUCAGAUUUGAUGGUCGGGCAACGGGUCUUCGCCAUUGGUAACCCCUUUGGGCUCGACCACACUCUCACAUCAGGCGUCAUCAGCGGUUUGAGGAGAGAGAUCCAAUCAGCAGCAACAGGGCGGCCAAUACAGGGGGUGAUACAAACGGAUGCUGCUAUAAAUCCGGGCAACAGCGGUGGGCCUCUUUUGGACUCUAGUGGCAGUCUAAUCGGCAUCAAUACGGCUAUAUAUUCACCUUCGGGUGCUUCUUCUGGUGUCGGAUUUGCCAUUCCUGCCGACAGUAUCAGCGGCAUCGUGGAGCAGAUAAUAGAGAAUGGGAGGGUGGUGCGGCCGGUGCUGGGGAUCUCCUUUGCGCCCGAGGAGGCGGUGGAGAAGCUGGGCGUUGACGGGGUGCUCGUGCUCGAUGCCCCGCCCUCGGGGCCUGCAGGCAAAGCUGGUCUCCGGCCCACAUCGAGAGACAACUACGGUCGGCUGGUAUUGGGAGACAUCAUUACCGCUAUUGACAACCAUAAAGUGCGGAGCGGAACGGACCUCUAUCGGGCACUUGAUGAUUGCCAAGUGGGAGACACAGUAAGAUUCGCGCGUCCGCCGGCGAGCGUUCGCGCCGGGCUUCAGAAGAUCGAGAAGAAUGACGUGUUCAUGGGAGUGUAUCAGGGAUCGCUCUAUGCUGAGCUGGACCACGUGGACGGCGCCGACAAGAUGUCGGACGGCUAUGCGUACAUGGCGAUCUACAAGAAGGGCGACGAUUACAACAUCCGAUACGGCGCGGAGGCCGAAUCCAAGGAGCCCGGGGAACCCACCGCGUUCACAAUCAACAGCGCGGCCGACAACAGCCUUGUUAUCGACCUGGGCGCCGGCCAGACAUACAAGAACACCACGUACGAGCUCCGCGUGUUCAAGUUCCUGCAGAAGUUCGUCCCGUACUCGUACAGGUUCAAGGGCAAGUGGACCCCGGCCAGCAGUGUUACCGUCGCCGCUGGCCCGCUUAAGGACACCGUUGACGCCAUGAUUCAGAACCCUAAGAACUACUACACGAUUUUCAACACGGCGACGAACCCUGCUGGUUGCGCCAAGGGCGCGUUUGAUUUCAUCCAGCCGUGGUGGAAGCGCCUGUAA